AUGUAUCUAGCGGUAUUUCAAGAGUUCGCCCACCCGGAUGUACUUUCACGGGUAGAAAGUGAAGGAAUAUGCCGUAUUGAUCAGGCUACUGCUCCCUGCACUAUGGCGAAAUCAGAUGAAGAGAUCGCAGCUGUUCGAAGCAAUGCCAAAUUAAUUAUUGAAGAUCCAAUUGCAACAAGCGAAGAAACAGUAGAAAAGACACUUGCUGCGCUGUGCAACUUGGGCUUUACUGUUACUCACAGACACCCUGUUACAUCCGCUGGGUGUCCAAUGCGUGACCGUGUCAUUUUAUCAUAUACGGUGUAG